GCGCAGGUUUACGUUGUAAAACAGGAAACUGUGAGAGGCAUUAGCAGCAUUUAGCCUGUUGGCUACCAGCACUGCACACAGAAGCGAAAUCAGAGUAAAGCGUUUAUCUGAAGAAGGGAAUAAAGAGUAUCGUCUGGCCGGUUGAUUGGUUUCAUCGGUGGAACCGUCAUGUCAGAGACGUACGAUUUCCUGUUUAAGUUCCUGGUGAUUGGCAGCGCUGGGACUGGGAAAUCAUGCCUCCUUCAUCAGUUCAUAGAGAACAAGUUCAAACAGGACUCCAACCACACCAUCGGCGUUGAGUUUGGCUCCAGGGUUGUCAAUGUUGCCGGCAAAACGGUCAAACUGCAGAUCUGGGACACGGCUGGGCAGGAGCGCUUUAGGUCGGUGACCCGCAGUUACUAUCGUGGAGCAGCAGGGGCUCUUCUCGUGUAUGACAUCACAAGUCGGGAGACCUACAAUACUCUGACUAACUGGCUGACAGAUGCACGGACACUGGCCAGCCCCAACAUCGCCAUCAUCCUGUGCGGGAAUAAGAGGGAUCUGGAUGCGGACCGUGAGGUCACCUUCCUAGAGGCGUCUCGCUUUGCCCAGGAGAACGAGCUGAUGUUUUUGGAGACGAGUGCUUUAACCGGGGAGAACGUAGAGGAAGCCUUUCUCAAAUGUGCUCGUACCAUCCUCAAUAAGAUUGAGUCGGGUGAGUUGGAUCCGGAGCGGAUGGGUUCUGGGAUCCAGUACGGCGACGCGUCCCUGCGGCAGCUCAGACAGCCCCGGGGCUCUGCUGCACAGGUCAAGCAGCAGUGUAACUGUUAGGGGCCCGGACACCCUGACCGCUGCCCGACAUCAGACCAUACACACACAACCUCCCCCCUCGGCUCCGGGUGUCUGUGGGUCUCUCCCGAAGAGGCACGGGAUGUAGAGGUGAAUCACGUCCCAACUGAGAGACUGUGCGUGUUUUUAACUUCUCCUGUGAUUCUUACACAUACGGUUCCUUCUUUUAAAGUAAAUCUAGACUUACUAGACUGGGAUAAAACCAUUCAACCAUUUAGCUCUUAAACUAAAUCAUUUUAUACAUUGUGACAUAUCAGAACUUUGUUGGUAUUAAACUGAAUGCCCCUUGAUUAUGUUUUGAAAAAAAUAUGACCAGACAGCCAAAUUACAGCUAUUAAAACCCCUUACACACUCAGAGAUUUACCUUGUUGCAUUGGUCAUGCAUUUAAAGAGCUUCUGAAAGCACAAAGGAGGUGAAGGGGAGAAAGACGCAUCCGUUCAGAUCUUGACAUUCGGUCGGCGCUAUCUGCUGCAUAUCAGAUGUUUACCGCCAUCUCAGUCUGGCUUGGGUUAGAGGUUAUCGUCUAACUUAACCUCACCCGUCUUUCUGCACAGA